UGGCAACCACCUUAAAGAAGUGUAGUGUGGGAAUUCUGCACAGGCAAACCAGUAUCUGGUAUCAAGUGAAAAAAAAAAAAAAUAGUGUAACUCUAAAAUGGCAAAGAUUGUGAUUGCUCUGAUGGCCACAUUUGCUGUCUGUGGUGCAUAUCCUUACCCAUCAUCCUCUGCACAAUUAUUCACAAUUCCAUUCUCUCCAUUAAAAUUUCUGAAGGGUAUCUUGGAUGAUAUUUUAAAAUUCAAUCCAAUACCAAAGCUCAAACCCCAAACAUCACCUCCUACCACAAGUGCACCCUCAGAGGCUGAUCCUUCUGCAGAUGCACACAUAAAGGUUGACCCCUCUGCAGAUGCACCCACAGAGACUGAUAAUUCUGCAGAGGCACCCAAAGAGGCUGAUCCAUCAGCAGAAGCCCCUGCAUUGAAUGACUCUUCUGAAAAUGCACCCAUAAAGGCUAAUCCUCCUGCAGAUGCACCUGCAUUGAGUGAUCCUUCUGCAGAGGCACCCAAAGAGGCUGAUCCAUCAGCAGACACACACAUAGAGGCUCAUCCUUCUGCAGAAGCAUCUGAAUUGAGUGAUCCUUCUGAAGAAGAACUCAAAGAGGCUGACCCUUCUGCAGAUGCAAUUCCUGCUGCUUAAAUGCAUUCUAGACCUGAAGCUUCAGGAAAAAGUAUAAAGAAAAAUACACCUUAUGUAUCUGCAGUGAAGUUACAUUACAACAAAAACUAUGAGUACACUAAAGGAAGACAUUCACAGUCAAUUUAUACAUUCCUGCUACUUGUAAUGAUAAGCCACAGUGUAUAGUAUAUGCUAUAUACAAAUAAAUAAAGUUUUUUUCUAUUAAUA